AAGAUUCAACAUUUUCUCUUAUUGAUCAAGUAGUAGUGCAAAAUCAUCGUCCCCAUGCCGGUUCUAUCUCGAAGUUGUUUGUUUUCGGGGAUUCUUACGUCGAUACAGGAAAUAACAAGAUAUUCACAGCUGAAUCAUGGAAGUUCCCUUAUGGUAUGACUUUCCCCGGGAUUCCGACUGGUCGUUAUUCCGAUGGACUAGUCUUCACUGAUUUUCUUGCAUCAUAUAUGGGAAUGAAGUCUCCAAUGCCUUACAAACAAUGGACUGGGUUAUUCAAAUGGAGGGUGAGAAACGGGAUGAAUUUCGCUCAUGGCGGUACCGGCGUAUUCAAUACAUGGAUUAAGGAACCAAAUAUGACCACACAAAUCAAUACUUUUAAACAGUACAUCGCGGAUGGAGUGUACAACAAACGCGACCUUGACAAGUCUAUGGCCAUUGUUGCUCUCUCUGGUAAUGACUACACACAGUAUGUACUUGAUGGUGGCACUGACGAGGGAUUUCGAGCAUAUAUUAUAAAGGUCUUGAAUCAAUUGGAGGUGAAUCUAAGAGAAAUUGGAAAGAUGGGACUUAAGAAAGUAGUAAUGCUGACUUUGCAACCGCUCGGAUGUCUCCCUAACAAGGCAAUAUCUCUAUCCUACGAAAAAUGCGACAAACCUCUGAACAAUGAGACAAUGUUUCACAAUACGUUGCUGCAGCAGAUUGUUCAGAAGCUCAACAGCGAAACAACUGAUUCUCCGUUUCAUGUUCUCGAUCUCUAUAGCGCUUUCCUGUCUGUGAUCAAUAAAUCUGCUGGAGAAACAGGAAGCGCCAAGUUUGGGAACCCAUUGUUGAAGCCUUGUUGUAUACCUGCAAGUUCCGAG